AUGCCUGACAUGAAUUCCUACCAUUUUUUGCAACAUGUUACACAGCAAAUCAAAAUUCCAGUCAUUAUGAUGUGUGUUGAUCAAUCAAUAACGCCAAGUCUAAUGAUGAAGGCGAUUGAAAAAGGCGCUUGUGGAUUUUGGAUUAAGCCUUUGAGUGAAGGUCAAAUCAAUAACAUAUGGCAACAUGUUGUAAGAAAAUUUUUGAAAGAAAACAAUCAGCAUGAUCAAGUUCUUGAAAUCUUGAAUGUAAAAGAUUUGAAAAAAGGGAAAAAGAUGAUUAUGCACCUACUUCUUCUUGUGAUGAUAAUAUUAACUAUCAGCCUUCAACAAAGAGGAGUCGUUUUUCAUGAGCAACUAAGAGGUAUUUCCCUUGAAGCUCAAUUUGUCCUUAACAAAUAUGAUGCCAAAUUGAAUCAUAAGCCAAUUCUCAUCUACAUUUGUAAGUACUGGACUCGACAUGUUGUUAGUAAGAAGAUAGAUGGUAUCAGAAACAAAAUUGAAGAUGCUUCUAGGAGAAGAAAAGCAUAUGGUUUAGUGCAAAUUCAAAGCCGAGUCGUAUCUAAGAUUCAAAUAUUACGUGCACGGAUGCAACCGUAUCUCGCUGCCAAGAAAUCCAAUGUGGUUGGAUUUGAUAAUGACACACAAGUUCUGAUGACGGAGUUACUGUCGGACGAGAAAUGCCGCUGCAUUACUUGGAUUGUUGGAGUCGGAGGCACAGGUAAGACAACACUAGCCAAUUUGAUAUUUGAAGACAACACUGUUGUAGCUCAUUUUCAGCGUCGCGUAUGGGUGUCACUGCCUUCAAAUUGUAUGACAGACCAGUUUGUUGCAGAAAUUGGCAAGGAGACCGCUAAGAAAAUUACAGUAGAAGAAGAAAACAUGCCCACUGAUUACGUACUCACAACCUUGGCACACUCAAAGUACCUUAUAGUUGUUGAUGGCCUUAAAGAAACAUCCAAAGUAUACUUGGAUACCUUGAACAGGGUCAUACCUGAUAUGUUAACAGGAAGGAAAGUUCUUUUUACUACUCGCAAUGCAACAGUAGCCCAACAUGCAGCAGGUAGAAUCAUUCUUCACCCAUUACAGUUAUUAGAUGAUGAAACUAGUUGGCUGUUGUUCACAAGACAUUUGAAGGUCCCCAAGUCAGAAACAAAACUUAUCAAGGUUGGAAAAGAAAUUGUGAUGAAAUGUGGGGGACUGCCAUCACAAAUACUGAAAAUAAGUGAUUUGCUUUCACAUAAAGAUGUUACACAUGAGGAAACUCUUAACCCAUCCACGGUUCAGCCCUGCAUAGAAAGAUUAAAAAGCAAAAGUCAAUAA